GAGACUGACAGCUCUCCUCAGGUCACCUGUCAUAUGACUCGCGUUUUGACCGUUUCAGCGCUUUUUUACUGUCAUCUCGUUGUGUAGCUCGAACUGACCAGCAGUCCGACAGCUCUGAAACACGACUGAAGUGUCCAGUAGCAUGGCCCACACCGGCACACACUCUCAGCCCGUGCGGGCUUGUUUGCUCUUAGUUGUCGUCAGUGUGUGGGUGCAGCAGGUGGAUGGAGUCUGGCCGCUGCCGCAGCAGCUCGAUCAGUCCGCGGACAGAAACAGUCUGAGUCCUCAACGGUUCUCCUUCACUUACGGGAGGGACUCGGCCGCGCAGACUGGGUGCUCCGUCCUGGACGCUGCUUUCAAGAGAUACUUCUCCAUCAUAUUCCCUGACUUCACGAAAGGAUCAGAAAAUGGGCUUCAGUACAUGUGGUCGGAGCCUCAACCCUUUGUCGUGUCAGUGAGUGUCAAAACCAGAGGAUGUGACGGCUACCCUGACGAAGAUUCAGAUGAGAGCUAUAACUUGAGUGUGUCAGAGGGCCAGGCUGUGCUGAGAUCAGUGACUGUAUGGGGUGCUCUGAGAGGUCUGGAGUCCUUCAGUCAGCUUGUGUACCAGGAUGAUUAUGGCUCUUAUUUUAUCAACAAGACAGAGAUUGUAGACUUUCCACGUUUUGCAUUCAGAGGACUUUUACUGGACACUUCAAGGCAUUAUUUACCCCUCCAUGCUAUUUUGAAGACCCUGGAUGCUAUGGCCUACAGUAAAUUUAACGUCUUUCACUGGCACAUCGUGGAUGAUCCUUCUUUCCCGUAUCAGAGCCGCACCUUUCCUGACCUCAGUAAUAAGGGAGCUUUUCAUCCGUUUACUCACGUCUACACACAGUCAGAUGUGAUGAGGGUGAUUGAACAUGCGAGAAUGAGAGGCAUCAGAGUCAUUCCAGAGUUUGACUCUCCUGGACACACUCAGUCAUGGGGGAAAGGACAGCCAAACCUCUUGACUCCCUGUUACAAGGGGGAUGUGCCCUCUGGUUCAUUCGGACCUGUCGAUCCAACAGUAGACACCACUUAUAAGUUCAUGGAAAGCCUCUUGAAAGAGGUGAAGUUUGUCUUUCCUGACUCUUACGUUCAUUUAGGAGGGGAUGAGGUCAGUUUUGCCUGCUGGCAGUCGAAUCCCAAUGUGCGAACGUUUAUGGAAAAGAUGGGCUUUGGGAAGGAUUUUACCAAACUGGAAUCAUUCUAUAUGGAGAGUAUAAUGAACAUGACCGCCGCUCUCAACAGAACCUCCAUUGUUUGGCAGGACGUGUUUGACUACCACGAGCGACCCAGAUCUAAGUACGUGGUGGAGGUUUGGAAGCAGGGCUGUUACCUGUGUGAGAUGCGCCGGGUGACUAAGGCAGGGUUAAAGGUCAUCCUGGCGGCCCCUUUCUACCUCGACCUGCCGAUACCCACUCACAGCUGGGCCCGUUACUACAUCGUGCGGCCCUUAGCCUUUAGGGGGACGGAAGAGCAGAAGAAGUUGGUGAUUGGUGGAGAGGUCGCCAUGUGGGGUGAAUAUGUCGACGCCACCAAUCUGAACCCACGCCUGUGGCCGAGAGCCUGUGCUGCAGCGGAGAGGUUGUGGAGCGAUGAAGAAAAAACCCUGAACGCAGAUCUGGCCUUCCCUCGCCUGGAAAAGUUUCGCUGUGAACUUCUAAGGCGGGGUAUUCAAGCGGAGCCUCUGUUUGUAGGUCAUUGUAAACAUGAGUAUGAUGGCCUGUAAGUCCACUAAAACUGAAGAGCGAUGUGUUUAUGCACUGCGAUAUUGCUUUGGA